AUGCCUACACAAGAUCGAAAUAAGGGGAUUAAAAAGCCUGCGUCAAAACUGUCAAAGCCUUCAAAGCCACCAGAGAUCUCGUCGACCAGGACUACCAACAAAAUUUUUGGCAUAGUGAAAAAUUCGGCUAGCACGAAAGCUUCACCAGCAAAAGAUAAAAGAGUUACUUUUACCGAAUGUCAACACCUAACCGAUAAUAAAAAAAAGUUGAUCAGUAAAAAUACCUCUGUUGCGAAACAUCCGAGUAAGAAGAUACUGAAAGAAAGGAUUGAAAAAAAGUCGGAGGAAGAUUUGAUAGAUGAAAUUGAGAGUUUAGAGGAAGACCAGGAAAGUGUUUCUUCAGAGAAUGAUUAUGAAAAUUUGAGCGAAGAAUCAGAAAAUGAGGUUUCCGACGAUUCAGAGAAUUUGGUAAAUGAUAUCGAAAUAGAUGAAUCUGAUGAUUCAGAAUUAUCUGAAGAAAAUGAUGAUACACUCCAAGAUUCAGCGGCGGAUAUCGCUGAUGAAAACGAAGAGCCUGCUGCGAAGCGAGUCAAAAAAGAAAAUCCCAAUCAAGCACGAAUCAAAAAAGCAUUCGAACGGAAAAGGAAGGCAGACCGCAAGCUCGAUCCUGAAUAUAUACUAGGGCUUAAAGAAUGUUGGGAGUUUGCUCGUAGAAUAGAUAUUUCACCUGAGGAAAGGAGAAAAUAUAUGAAUGAACUAUUUGAGUUGAUUGAUGGAAUUAUACCCGAAUUACUGUUUAAGCAUGAUACUUCACGUAUAAUUCAAACGGUAUUAAAGUAUGGCACCAAAGAGCAGAUCAGUAAAAUUGCUAGUGAAUUGGAAGGUCGAUGGCUUGAAGCAUCAAAGAGUAAAUAUGCGAAAGACAAGAUUGUGUCCGAACUCGAAGGAAAUGUUGCAAGGUUAUUAAUGCACUCUGAAGCUCGUAAUAUCGUUCUUGAAGCCUAUGAACUUUCAAACGGAAAACAAAGAUUAUCAUUAAUUCAAGAAUUCUAUGGUCCCGAGUUUACUUUGUUUAAGGCAUGUCGAUCUAUUAAUCUUUAUGAAUUGAUUGGAAAACAUGUUCCAGAAAUUUUACACACUCGAGAGGGUGCAAAAGUAGCAAUGUUUUGCUUAUUGUACGCGAGCGCCAAGGAGCGUAAAGGUAUAUUACAAUCAAUGAAAGAUUAUGUCGACAAGAUUUGUUGUGAAGAAUAUGGUUAUUUGGUGUUGUUAAGGGCAUUUGAUGUUGUUGAUGAUACUGUCUCGGUGACCAAAUACAUUAUCGACGACCCGAUUGUUAGAGCGAGAGAGCUUCGCAAGGUCAUAACCCCUGCUUUAAUCGAAUAUGCUAAGAAUAACACUGCUCAUAUGUUAUCCAGUCCAUACACGACGCAAAUUCUCUUCGAAACGAUGCUUUGUGGGGAAUCCAGUGCCGAAGAAAAAACGCCGGUUUUGGAGAACAUAGCAAGUAUAAUAAGCGAGAAAAGAAUAGAUAGUGAAGAUAAUAUUAUGCUUACGUACGUUAAUAGGUUUUUAAAAGUUUUGGUUCAAGGAGGACAUCGGAGAUAUCCUAAACGAAAUAUUGCAGAAAAAGACAAUCCAUCCGAUUAUAUUGGAUCUAUCGAUGGAAAACCUAUUAUCGGCGACAACAAGGGAGAUGCGUCAUUUGUAGUUUUGGCAUUAUUAGAAAACCAUGAAACAAAAGAGGAGGUCGGGUCUAUUUUAGUAAAAGGCAUGGAUUCUAUUAGAAAUGCUGCUCUUGAAGAUGAUAGGUCAGGUGCUUCGUUAAUUUUAAAAGCCCUUAGCGAAUUGUCAUUUCAUAAACAAAAAGGAGACACUAAAAAGGUGGAAACCAAGAAAAGGUCGAGUGUAGUUAGCAGAGGAAAAAAGGGUGGAAAAAGACGAAAACAUAACGCAGAUGCUUAA